CAUCUCUGGGCGGGGAGCGGGGAGGGGAGAUGUGGGGGCUCGGGGAGGACUGAAGGGGGUUUUUCUGAGAUCGAGGGGAUUUAUGAGGUUAAAAUGCGACGGAUCGAAAGGCUUAGGGGGCUAAGCAGCGGGUGAUGGGCUUUAGGGGCUCAUCCUGGGGCGAGAGGAAUGGGUUUAAGGGGAGUUUGUGGAUGGGGAGGUAUAUGGUGAAAGGCAGUUUGGGGUUUAUGGAAUGUAAGGGGUAAGAGGAGAGCAGGGGGGUGUAGGGGCUGAGAGAUGGGAUUUGUGAAGGAUGGACAGCUAUAUGGAUGCAUUGGUUGGUAGGGGAGCUGGGUGGAGGGAUGGAGGGCUGCCUCUUUGUUAAUUCAGCAAAUAUUUGUUAGACACUUACUGUAUGAGGGACACCCAGCUGGGUGCUGACAUAGUCCCUGCUCUCAAGCUCAUAGUUGGAGAGAAAGUAAGUAGCAAAAACUAAGUAUACAUUGUGAGACAAGCUCUAAGAAAAGGAAUGGCAUGCUGUGGGAAGUCAGAUAUAGAGGACACAGUACUUUCAGAGGCCGGGAGGUGGGAAAGAGCUGGAAGAAAGCAGAGCCAGAGACUUAAAGUCCCGGGUUCAGUUUGGGGAGAUGUUGGAAGCAGACCGCACAGGGCCCACAAGCCUUGGGAAGUUUAGAUUUUAUUUCAGUUGCAGUGGGAAAAAUCACAGCAGUUUUAAGACGACCUGUCCUGGGGUGCCUGGGUGGCUCAGUUGGUUAAGUCUGCCUUAGGCUCAGGUCGUGACCCCAGCAUCCCGGGAUCGAGCCUGCAUCAGUCUCUUUGCUCAGCGGGAAACCUGCUUCUUCCUCUUUCUCUGCCUGCUGUUCCCCCUGCUUGUGCUCUCUCUCUCUGUCAAAUAAAUAAAUUUUUAAAAAAUAAAAAAAAAAAAGAUGACCUGUCCUACCCAUCUCCACCCACCACUUGUCAGCCAGCCAAGAAUGGUGGAAUCUGCUUCACAAGGCAACCCAUUGUGUUUGGGGCCUGCUCAAAUUAUUAGAAAAUAGGAAAGGACCGACGUCCUUUUGGAGGAUGAGGCCUUGUUGAAUGGGGCCUGUUUGGGGGUGAAGGAUGUUCCCUGGGGAUGGGACCAGGGUCUGGUGGUGUGGACUGUGCAGUCACUAGAGCCCUUUAGUUAGGCGGGGUUAUGCCAAAGCCAAGUGAGCAGCAGCCACAGGAAGGAGGAGGCAUAGAAAAGGUGGAUUCGGCAUGCAUUUGUUCUUCUCCAACUUUCCUUUGCUUCUUGUGGAUUGUCCACUUUCUGCAGUUUCACAGCCUCUCUCUGGAAAGUUAAGAGUGUUAUUCCCUUCCUCCCUUCCUAUGUUCAUUCUACUUGUUGGAGCACUGUGCUAGGUGCUAGAGAAACCAAGAUGGCUAAGAUGUUCUCUGCCCUCUCAGAGCUCAUUGAGAAGUGGGGGUGUGUGGGAGACUAAUUUAUAAAUAGUUAUCAUAACAGGUGUGUGCUGAAUAGAAGUGAUUCCUGGCACCGGUGGAAAAAAAGAGAUGGGCCAGGAGAGGGUGCCCUUAUGUGAUGCCCUGUCUGCUAGACUAAUCUGAGAGCAGGGGCUUUGUCCUGCUUUCCCCUUUGUAUUCCCAGGCUGUGCACAAUGUCUGGCACCUAGCAUAUAGCAAAGUUUGUGGCACUAAAGAUUCUGGAAGGUUUAGGGGGAGCUGGGGAGGGGAAAAUGGGCUCUUCACACCCAGGAACCACAGAGGCAGUGCUUUGGGUGUUUGUGGAGCUCCCUGAGUUCCUUCUGUUCUAGGUAGGGAGCUGCUUAAGGAGUGAGAUCUGCUCAGGUGUGGCCUUCCUCAGGCAUCCGUCACCCCAUUACAGUCCCAAGGUUGCACUUUCUCUUAUAGCAGCCCAGACCUCCCCUAGACAGGCUUUAGAAUGGUGUGCAGUCAGUCACGUCUUCCUUGCUAUUCUUGAAGACAGCUUUUUUUUUCUUUUAAGGCUAAGAAAUUGAAAAGUGGGGUAUUAUACACGCAUGACAACAUGGUUGUUAGGUAGCUGUUCCCUGGUUUCUUUCUGAGGUAGAAAGGCUCCUGGGGCUUUUAAGACUUAGAAGCUUCAGAUCUGCCCCACUUCUUUGGAUAUGGUCCUAAAAGUCACAGUCCAGACAAUAGUCUGAACUCAAGGCCCUAAAAGUCACACAAGUCCAGACAACAGUCUUCAGUCCUCAGGGAGAUCACUUAACUCUGCUCUGGAGCAAAAUGCGUGGGUGGGUCUUUUCCUCGUAGUAAACUCUGCAGCCUGGUGGGUUAUCAACCUGGGAGGGGAAGCAGAUUGUGUCUGUCCUGAUCACCCAACUGGGUGAGGCUUUUGCCCUGCCCUCUCUCUUGGUGCACCUGCUGAACCCUUCAUAGCCCCUGGAGUCGGUUUAGCUCAACUGUCUAGCAAGAAGGAAUUUUUCAUCUCACAUGCGAGGCCCUUUCAAACUGUUUUGUCACUGUAGGUAUGUUUAAAGAGGGAAAGCACACCUACUCUCCUUAAAGCUGAACUCUUACACCUUUCUGCAUUAUUUGGAAGGCAGCUCCAAGUGCUUGUGCAUUUUUCGUUUUGUCAUUAUAGCUGAAUAGUCCUGGAAUAGUGAACUGUAUAUUGUUUUUCCUUUGGGCCACACAGAUAGUGGACUGUAAGGGACUUUGGAAUACACCGCCUUAGUUUAGAUUCAGCCCAAGUCAGCUGGAGACUUCCUAUGUGAGGGAUAGCCAGUCUUCUUGAAUGAUCUUCUGACCUUCAGCUAUGCCCUGAGCUCUUCCUGGAGAAGGUACAGUUCUGUGUUUUCUGAUUUGGAACCGUUCACUGAUGUGCUCGUUCAUUUCUUGUAGGAGACGAGUAAGGCAGAAAAUUUAACUCAUUUGCCAAGGAUUGUCUGAAUAUUUUGCUCUAUCACGCAUAGCCUUUUUUUCCCUUAAUAAUAAUAAAUUUUACAACAUUUUACAGUUUCUACAUAGUUUAUUUCCUUUGCUUAUUUGGCUACCUUUAUGAGGGAUUUAUGAAGGUUAUUAGACGAGGGUUGAGGGCCCUCUGUCAAGAUUGUCAGGCUCCAAAGUUCUCUCCUCCCAGGGUUCUUAACCAAUGUUUGGGUCAUAAAAAUCUGUUGCAAGCUUGGAGCCCUCCCCCAUCCUCCCCCCCAACAGCGUGCUUAUGUACUGUACCCUUGAGGAUCCUCAGGCCUCAGGGGCCCCACAGCCUGGAAACUGCCUCUCAUCAAAGCCUGGUGGACUCAUUUUUUUGUCCCGUAGUAAGAUACCCAAGAAAUCCGUAUAAAAACUCUAGAGCUGAGGGGUUAAUUUUGGAAACCUGAUUGAGAAAGGAAGCAGAAUGGUCACAGUAUCAUCUGGAGAUCCAUGCUCCAUACCUGAUGUUCUGGGAGAGCGUCUGAAGAGGACUGGUCUUUCUUCAAGUCGUUCUGCAUGUUGGAGCGACAGAAAGCAUGCUCUGAAUUGCCAUCGGAUGAAGCCAGCUCUCUUCAGCGUGCUCUGUGAGAUCAAGGAAAAGACAGUGUUAAGCAUCCAUGGCAUUCAAGAAGAAGGUCCCCCCAAUGCUCAGCUCAUGAGACUGGAUAACAUGCUGCUGGCCGAGGGUGUAUCCAGGCCGGAGAGGCGAGGAAGAGGAGGAUCGGCGGCAGCGGCCAACACAGCAACACCAGGUGGCUGUCCAAAUGACAAUAGCCUUGAGCACUCUGACUACAGGGCCAAGCUGUCCCAGAUCCGACAGAUUUACCACUCUGAGCUAGAGAAAUAUGAACAGGCCUGCCAUGAGUUCACCACACACGUCACCAACCUUCUCCGGGAGCAGAGCAGGAUGAGGCCCGUCUCGCCCAAGGAGAUCGAGCGCAUGGUGGGUGUCAUCCACGGCAAGUUCAAUGCCAUCCAGAUGCAGCUGAAGCAGAGCACCUGCGAGGCUGUGAUGACCCUGCGUUCACGGUUCCUCGAUGCCAGGCGUAAGCGGCGCAACUUCAGCAAGCAGGCCACGGAAGUGCUGAAUGAGUAUUUUUACUCCCAUCUGAGCAACCCUUACCCCAGCGAAGAAGCCAAAGAAGAGCUGGCCAGGAGGGGCGGCAUCACAGUCUCCCAGGUCUCCAACUGGUUCGGCAACAAAAGAAUCAGAUAUAAAAAGAACAUGGGGAAGUUUCAAGAAGAGGCUACCAUUUAUACAACUAAAAUGACAGUUGACACCACCAAAGUCGGGGGCCUGGGGAGCCAAGCUAGUUGCCCAUCAACACCCAGCUCUGGUUCCUCUGGUCCCUUCCCGCUGACCAGUGCCCGGGACACGCUUAUCACCCUGCAGACACUGGCCUCUCUCCGCCCCGCCCCUGCGGGAGGCAGCUUGUGGUCUCGAGUGAGUCUCAGGGCACAAUCCGAGGAUGCCCUUGGGGUCCCUGACUCAGUGUUGGGGCAGAGACACAGAGCCCAGGUGGGUGGUGGGUCCUGGGAAUGCGCCAUCUUGCCGGCCACCUCUCAGCUUCCACAAGGCUCCCUCAGAGGUCCCAGCAAUGGGGAAGGGCCCACUGGGUACUUGGUCCGUUGUCUUGAUGACUGACAGGUUGGCCGAGCGGCCUCAGGGGCACGGCUCUGUGAGGCCCACCUUGCAAAGACCUGUGCCCCUCCCUCCCAGUCCCAGGACUCAACGACUCACCGUAGCUGCCGAGUGGUGGGCCCGAGGCGAGGGCUGUGGCUCUUGAGAAGGAGCCCUCGUUCCCAGCGGGCCUCUCUACCUGAGAGGGUGGGAGGGGACAUGCAGACAAGGCCCUGACCAUUGGAACAUGGAGCCCUACUAGGCUCAGACCCUCCACCACAUCAGGGCCUUGGCCUUGUGAGCCUGCUGUCCCCCUACCCAGGGCCUAGCUGGACCAGAGUGAAGAUGCAUUUUGGUGACUGGGAAGAAAACAAGCCAGGGAUCACGGGCAUCUCAGACAUGCCCUCUGGAACUUUCUUUCUCAGAGGGUUUGGCAGUGUGUUGGGCUAGCCAGGACUGGGGGGACCCCAUCCCUCUCAUCACCCCUGGGGCCACCCCAGCGUCCCUCUGUCUGUCACGAGGGCCCGGCCCACACGAGGGUCAUCCCGAAGAGGCCGUGCAGGCGCAGCUGUGAUGUGUCCGUGCGGGUGCAAGGCUGUGUGGCAUCCGGCGAGGCCUUCGCCCACCUUUUCCUUCACACAAGCGUACCCUACAGGGCCAGUUGACCCCCACCAAUUUACCCACAGCCCCCAGCUGGUGCAGGAAAGGGACGCCUCCCGGUGCCAUUUGGCGGGACCUGGCUCAGGUGAUGCGAGUCCCGUCGCCAUGGGAACCCCACAGCCCAGAAUGAGCACCCAGGCCGAGCCAGGCAGCCUGGCCUCAUCUUGCUCUGUGCUUUCCUGGGGCUCAGGGCCUCAGGAAGGGCAGGUGUGAGUAUGCGCGUGGGGAGCUGAUAGACCAGGUCCAUCCUUACCCUAGAGCCAGCCCCAGGAGAUGUGGAGCUGCCUAAAUCCCGAGGUGGCUUCCCUGGACCAUGAGGCAGGAUCCUGUCUACCCCACAGAGGAAGCGGGAACAUCCCCGGUCUGGUGUGGACACCCUGCCUGUGCUGAGGGGCACAGGUGCUCUCAAGAGAGCCGUCCCCAAGGGCUGAGGCCGCCCAGCCCGAAGCUAUUGCCUCCACCCUGUGACCCGAGGGAUGUCUGGGCUGCCCUGUGGCUGCCAGUCACACCCCUGGACCCUAGCCUGUCACCCCUCAGUGCUGUGGAUGGACCCCUCCCUCAGCAGUCAUGGCCUCCUUCCCAGAGCACAGGUCUGUGGGAGUCCAUCGCGGGCAGGGUGUCCCCCUGAGGCCGAUACUCGUCCCAGCCACUCCCUGACGGGUGGGCCGGGCACCCCUGGAUCAUGGGAUAAGGCGACCCCCUCAGGAAGCCCACAGUCUGUCCAUCCAUUCACCCGACAUGAGCCGCUGAAGCGCAGGGGCCAUGGGAGCACCGGGGACACGUGGCCAGGAGAGAGCUGAGGCGGGGAGGGGCGACGGGCAGGGGCAAGGGGCAGGGUCUUUGGCCUGGUGGGGUCAGAGGAGGUAGAGGGCGCAGGAGGAGGGCUCAGCCUGUAAGGGAAAAUGCUAGAGAGAGGAAGGGGAGGAGGAACUUGCGUGGUCGCCUGCCCACUCAGGAGGGGCCUAGGGAGUUCUCAGGGUCACAUGCAGGGUGUGACAUCUGCCCAAUGGGAGCAGGUAGCUCGGACAGAAGCCACCGCCCGGAGCGCGUGUUGGGGAGGGGAAGGGCCCUGCUCUCAUGGGCUGCAGACAGGCCUCACCACAGAGCAGACCGUCCUCAAGGAGCCAUUUUCAGUGGUGUUUUCCAUUACGGUGGGGUGGGGGGUGGUGGGUCCUGUGGAGAAACAUCCAAAGGCUGAGUGUACCCGCUGCUGUCCCUGCACCGCAGACAGAGCCCCCCGCGCCGGGGAGCCGUGCCCUGAUGGCUGCCCAGCCCGACCAGCAUCCAGCCGGGUGUCUCAGCCCUUCCGGCUCACUGCAUCUGGCUGUGGUUAUUCAGGGGCUGUCAUCAGCUCCAGGCCCGACUGGGUCUGCGUCCCGCUCAGAAUGUGGAGAAGCCUCGGCUGCACCGCAGGGCCACAUCAGUCCUCGACCAGAGCCCUGUCAGGUGGCCAGCGGAGGCUCCUUCCUGUCAGGGAAGCGUGUCCACAUCAGGGGUCAGGGGGCGAGGCUGGCUGUGACCCAGUGGCACCCCUCAGUCCCUCCACUGGCUCCUGGCUCCUCUUCUGGGUUCUUUUUGAGGGAUGUGGGGGCCAGACGGGCCAUCCGGGGCCUUCUGAUGCUCAGUCUCUGUCUUUCCAGGCCCGGGGCAGCUGGCAGGGAGCCGCCCCCCCAGUGUCCACCGCUUCACCUGCUGGAGACCCCAGUGGCAUCAACUCAGAUGCAUCUAAUUAAGUUUUAGGGACGAGCAGAAAAGCCAACUGUGUGGCCCGCCGCGGUUCGUGGGCACUCGGGUCUCUAGUGCGCGUGCAGCUGAUUACCUCUAACACCCAGAACCACCACAGGCCGCGAGCGCCAUCCCUUGCUUGCUGGCUGGGAUCUGAAACAGGCUGAGACGCUGCUCAUUUUCUCAAUUCAGUUUGGUUUUUUAAUAGUGAUUUUAUGCUAAGACUAUGAAUUGUUUCUUCUAGGACUUGUCACAAAUUCUCCCAUUAAAAUUUUGGACUUAUUUUCACAUCGAUGUGGUUCGCACC